AUGGCGCCUUCGAAGCACAGGAUCAAGAUCAAUGUCGAUCUGGGCGAGGGCUACGGAAACUACAAGUGUGGCCCGGAUGAGGAGCUCCUCCCGUUCAUCGACCACGCCAAUGUGGCAUGCGGCUUCCACGCUGGCGACCCCCUCAUAAUGCAAUCCACCGUCCACCUCUGCGCCGCCCACAACAUCGCCAUCGGCGCGCACCCGGGCCUGCCCGACCUCCAAGGCUUCGGCCGCCGCGCCAUGUCGCUCACCCCCGCCGAGCUCACGGCCCUCACCCGCUACCAGAUCGGGGCGCUCACCGGCUUCCUCGACGCCGCCGGUUGCGGGCCGCUGCACCACGUGAAGCCGCACGGCGCGCUGUAUGGGAUGACGUGUCGCGAUCGGGAGGUGUGCAGGGCGGUGUACGAGGCGGUGCCGAAGGGGGAGGGGGUCAAGGUGUUUGGGCUGGCGGGGACGGUGCAGGAGGAGGUGGCGGGGGAGAUGGGGUUGGGGUUCGUGGCGGAGGGGUAUGCGGAUGUGAGGUGGACUGGGGAGGGGGGGCUGGUGAUUGAGCGGGUGAAGAGCCCGUGGGCGCCCGAGGAGACGCGCGCGCAUGUCACGGCGCAGGUGUACGAGGGCGCGGUGACGGCGGUGACGGGCGAGAAGAUCGAGCUGCCGUUUGGGGAUCAUGAGGUUUCGAUCUGUUGUCAUUCGGACUCGCCGGGUUGUGUGGAGAUUGUCAAGGCGACGAGGGGUAUCGUUGAUCAGUGGAACGCUGAGAACUUCCCAUAA